CUCUAUGAUCAUCUCUUAGAUAAGAGAAGUGUUGGUGAUUUGGGGGAGGCGAUGGUAUUUUUUAACCAGUGAUGAAUAUUGUCAGGGAAUGCUACUUGGAUGCUUAAAAGCCACCUUCCUGGAGGGAAAACUCUUUCAAAAGGCCUACUGACUUAGUCUAAUUGCUUGAAUUAAGGAAGUAGAUGCCUUUGCACUGACUUUGAACAACUUUCUUGACUUCCUGCAAAGAGGACCUUGCACUGUAUUUUUGGAGAAGUUAGUAAAACCGAAUCUGACAUCACUGCCUAGCAGUUCGUGUAGCUGGCGGGUGGUUUCUUAGGGUAUCAGGAGGAGGAAAUUGCUCCCUGUCUGAUAAGACAUCAGAGACGAAAGGACGCAUGCUGUUUCGUAGGGUUACGGCCGAUUUCAAGAUAUGACCAUGUACCUGUGGCUUCAGCUUCUGGCAUUUGGCUGCGUCUUUCUGGACAUAGGAAUUUUCGGGCAAGGAGAUGUCCCAACUACUCCUCCUGGUCUCAUCCUUACGUCGCACGCACCAACACCCACUCAGAGCACUGCAGCAAGCAGCCUUCACUCCACUUCCACCAUAGCUCCUACAACAGUCAAGCCGUCAUGCGAGGACAAGUUUUCGAACGUCUCUGUGACUUUCCACCACGACAACAGUAGUGGGUUGUUCAAGGCAGAACUGCCAGUGGACAAAGAAGUGAUAUGUUCGCCUUGGCCAUGUAACAACAUAUCCUUCUCUUUGAAAGAGGAAUGUAAAACUCUCACUGUGAAUAUAUCUCAUGAGUCAUGUGUUGCUCCAUUCAAAAAACUAAAAUUAUAUGUACCACCAGAUCCUAAGACUUUUCAGCUAGUUGAGUGUGUAAAUAAUGAAGAAGCAGAUACUUCUAUUUGUUUAACUUGGAACGAAACUAAAACAAGUAAAUGUGAUCAAAAGAAAAUUAAAUACAAACAUCAAUGUGGUGAUAACAAUUCAGAUAAUAAGGAUUCAAAUAAAAUAAACAUUGAAGUGUCAAACCUUACUCCCCAACAUAAUUAUACUUGUUCUUCAGAAGUGUACUAUGAUAAGUUCCUCGUUACUAAAGUAACGAAGAAUAUUACAACAGAUUUUGGAAGUCCAGGACAGGUCCAGAACCUCACCUGCAAUCCUACAGGUCCAAAAAACAGCAAGAUUACCUGGAUUCACCCUCAAAGUUUUUUUCAUAAUUUUACUCUUUGUUAUAGUCCAACUAAUUCAGGUCAAACGUGCCACAAUCUAAGUAAAACGGUGAGCGACUAUUAUUUGGAAGGUCUGCGCCCUUUUACUGACUACGCAGCAUCGGUGCGCGCCUUCGUCAUCGGCAAGGUGCUGCGCAGAGGAGAUGCUGCCACCUGUGCAUUUCAAACCCUAUCAACAAAUUCAACCAAAGUCACGAACCUCAAGGUUGUGCAGAAGUCAGACAACCGUAUGCAGGUGACUUGUGGCCUACCGGAACAGAUCAAUGGCCGCAGUGAUGGUCUCUAUAAUUUGAACAUCAUAAUUGAGAACAAAGUAGUUCAAAGCCAAUCAAAUACAAAGUGCAACUUCAUUGCAGACAACCUCUACUAUUCAACACAAUACCGCUUUGAGGUCUUCUAUAACAAUGGAUACCAUCCUGGAGAAAAAGACAGUGUUUCCCACUCAACCUCUUAUAAUUCUAAGGCAUUGAUUAUAUUUCUGGUCUUUCUGAUUAUUGUCACAUCGAUAGCUCUGCUCAUCGUUCUCUAUAAGAUCUAUGACCUGCAUAAGAGAAGGUCCAGCAAUUUAGAUGAACAACAAGAACUCGUAAGGGAUGAUGAGAAACAGCUGAUGAAUGUAGAACCAAUCCAUGCGGACUUGUUGGAAACUUACAAGAGAAAGAUUGCUGAGGAAGGAUGACUUUUUCUGGCUGAAUUUCAGAGAAUCCCAUGCGUGUUCAGCAAGUUCUCCAUCAAGCAGGCUUGAAAAUCCUCCAACCAGAAUAAGAACCGCCAUGUUAUUGACAUCCUCCCCUAUGACUAUGACUGUGUUGAGCUGUCUGAGAAAAAUGGAGACGCAGGGUCAAGCUAUAUAAAUGCCUACUACAUUGAUGGUUUCAAAGAACCCAGGAAAUACAUUGCUGCUCAAGGUCCUAGGGAAGAAACUGAUGACCUUUGGAGGAUGAUCUGGGAACAGAAAGCCACAGUCAUUGUCAUGGUCACUUGAUGUGAAGAAGGAAACAGAAACAAGUGUGCAGAAUACUGGCCCAUGGAAGAAGGCAGCUGGGGGUAUGGAGACGUCCACAUGAAGGCCACCAAGUACAAGAUGUGCCCGGAUUACAUCAUUCAGAAGUUCAACAUCACAAACAAAAAAGAAAAAACGAGCGGAAGGGAGGUGAACCACAUUCAGUUCACCAGCUGGCCGGACCACGGGGUGCCUGAGAACCCCCGGCUGCUGCUCAAGCUGCGCAGGAGGGUCAACGCCUUCAGCAACUUCUUCAGCGGCCCAGUGCUGGUGCACUGCAGCGCUGGUGUGGGGCGCACAGGCACCUACAUUGGCAUUGACGCCAUGCUGGAGGGGCUGGAGGCCGAGAACAAGGUGGACGUGUACGGUUACGUGGUCAAGCUGCGGCGGCAGCGGUGCCUGAUGGUCCAGGUGGAGGCACAGUACAUCUUGAUCCACCAGGCCUUGGUGGAAUACAAUCAGUACGGAGAGACGGAAGUGAGCUUGUCCGAGUUACACCCCUAUCUCUCUAACAUGAAGAAGAGGGAUCCCCCCAGUGAGCCGUCGCCACUGGAGGCUGAGUUCCAGAGACUCCCUUCCUACAGGAGCUGGAGGACACAGCACAUUGGGAAUCAAGAAGAAAAUAAAAGUAAAAACAGGAAUUCUUCCGUCAUUCCAUAUGACUUCAACAGAGUCCAACUCAGGUACGACCUGGACGCAAGCAAGGAGAGCGAGCAUGACUCGGACCAGUCCUCCGACGACGACAGUGACGAGGAGGACAACGGCAGGUACAUCAACGCCUCCUUCGUCACGAGUUACUGGAAGCCAGAAGUGAUGAUUGCUACUCAAGGACCCCUAAAAGAGACCAUCGGGGACUUUUGGCAGAUGACUUUCCAAAGAAAAGUCAAAGUCAUUGUGAUGCUCACAGAGCUGAAGCAUGGGGAUCAGGAGGCCUGUGCGCAGUACUGGGGAGACGGGAAGCAAACCCACGGGGAUCUGGAGGUCCACCUGAAGGACAUCACCACGGCGGCCGCGUACACCCUCCGCGUGUUUGAACUGAGACACUCCAAGAGGAAAGAGCCCCGCACCGUGUACCAGUACCAGUACCACCGCUGGGAGGGGGAAGGGCUGCCCGCGGAGCCCCGCGGCCUGGUCUCCAUGAUCCAGGACCUCAAACAGAAGCUCCCCGUGCGGAACGCCGCCGAAGGGAACAAGCACCCCAAGAGCGUGCCCCUCCUGGUCCACUGCAGAGACGGAGCUCAGCACACAGGCCUGUUCUAUGCUUUGUUCAAUAUCUUGGAAAGCGCCGAAACGGAGGAUGUGAUUGAUGUCUUCCAAGUCGUGAAAUCUCUGCGCAAAGCCAGGCCGGGAAUGAUCCCUACCUUUGAGCAAUACCAGUUCCUGUACGAUGUCAUUGCCAGCACCUAUCCGGUCCAGAACGGACAAGUCAAGAAGAAUGCCCAUCGGGAAGACAAAGUCAAGUUUGAUAACGAAGUGGACACGGCCAAACAGGAGGCCAAUUGUGUGAGUCCACCCAGUGGCCCCGAGAAGGCGCCGGGAGGAAGCCAAGAGGAGGAGGACCCCAAACCCGCCAGCGGUCCUGAUGGGCCAGAACAUUCUGCCAACGGCCCCACCAGCCCAGCGAUGACCCAGACAGCCUAGGGCAGGCCCGAACGGGCGGCUCAGAACCUGCUGUUCGAUGUUAUUUCCAUUUUUCUACAAGUAGGGGAAGAAUAGAUACACAGUAGAUGAAGGAGUCACCCUGGACCAGUUUGGGUGGGAAGCUUCUAUUUUACUGCUGUAGAAAAUAUUUAAGACAGUGUUGUACAGUCUUGUGCUUUUAAAAUUUUGUCUCAUUCAGCAAAAAGAACCUGUUUCUAGUCUUUGUGCUCAUGUGUGUGUAUGAAAGAGAGAGAGAGAGAGAGAGGGAGAGAGAGAGGGGAUUGAAACUCCUUUGUAUGUGUGUUUUUUAAACAAUAUUUUUACUGGAAAUAUUAGCUUCAAGCAUCUAUUUUUUCUGCUCAUAAAUGGUGUGUGGGCUCUGCGUAAGAACAUGUUUCUGUGACGGCCUCCAGGUGUCCUCCUCGUUCUGUCUGGAUACAUCUUAUCCGGCACGAUUUUCCUUGAGAAAUAGACAUGAAAGUAGUAAGAAUGUGCAUAUUUCCCACAAGAACCUUAACUAAAUUAACAUUUGGAAACCUUCUAUUCCAUAUGUUAGCAUUUAGUGCAGCCUCCUGGCAAGCUUAUUUAAUCUAAUUUAAAAUUUUCAAGCAGGCCUAUCUUGGGAUCUUCACUUGGUGUUCACAUUUUGCAAAAAGGGUUAUUCUAGGUAUAAUACGUGACCUUCAUUGAUUUUGGGCCCCAAAUUAUGUUUGUUAAAAUUGAAUCUAAACAUCUUUCAACAAAUGCAGGGUAUAGUAAAUCUAUAGAAUAAAAAUAGAAUCAUGUAAAUGUAUUUAUACUAAAUAUUUACAUGUAAAACCUAAUACAGCUACUUUUAUGGAAUAAAACAUUGACAUAAGACAUAUAAUACUGCAUCUGCAUAUUUUCCACGUUAAAGUUUCUCUGAAGUGCUUUUACUUUGAAUUUUUCAAAUGCUUAGACUACUUUGACCAGGAAUUAAUAUCAAUAAUCAUAAUAAAAUGUAAUCAUUAUCUUUCCUUGUCCAUAAAAUAUUAUGUGUGUUACAUGUUCAUAAAAUAUGUGUACGCGGUUAAGAUUUG